UUUGGGAGGGAAAAAAGUGAAAGAAGGCCAGAGGGGAUUCUUUGAUUAUAUGUUGUUUGGCACUGGGAUUUCGGGUUGCAUUCAUUUGUCUGGAGUGUCGAAGCACCUCUGGCUUCCAUUUCCCUCAUUGGCAUUCUCUGCCUUUUGCCCAAGAAUUUCUCUCUCUCAGAGCCAAAAACAAGUCAUUCCCUCAUCUUCCAUGCGUUUAAGACCAGAAAGGACUUGUUCUGGAAUGGCAUACUAUGGGGCCUUUCAUAUAAAGGCCUGUUGCUGCUUUUCAAUUUUUGGUGUUUCUUGGGACUAAUAACAAAGAUCAUUCAAGAUAUUCAGAAAUCGGAAAUCUUUUUUGAUCAGUUCUCUUCAGUCGGGGUUUUGGCAGGGUUUAUCGUCUGUGGCUUUGCCUGAUAGAUUCUCUUCUGUGAUAUGCCAUUGUUCAGUGGUGAAUGUUAAAUCUAGUUGAUAUGAUGGAUAAACAAGAAAAUAAAGAUCAGAAAGUUAGAAACAUGGAGGAGAUUUUGAAGUCUGUUAAGAGAAUUAGGAUCACUUAUACUGAUCCUGAUGCUACUGAUUCUGAUAGCAAUAGUGAUGAUCAGUUCAAUGACCGGCGUAACAAGCGGAAGGAGAUUGUUAUCAAUCAUGAUCUUCCUCCAAGGAGUCCAUGCGUUCAAGCUCCUAGAGAGCAUUUUGCAAAUGCAUACAGGAUUUCUUGCAACAUUGGUGAAUUUAGCAAGAAAUCGCAGAAAUCAUCAUCAAUGUACAAAGGUGUAAGGAAAAGGAAAUGGGGAAAGUAUGCCGCAGAAAUCAGAGACCCUAUUAGAGGUAAAAGAGUGUGGCUUGGUACUUAUGAUAAUGAAGAAGAUGCUGCUAGAGUUUAUCAGGCAAAGAAGCUCGAGUUUGAUAGGAUCAUGGCUGACAGGAAGGCAAAUUCGAGUUCUUCUGGAGCCUCAGCUGUUGAGGGCUCUGUGGCUUGUGGCUCUGCAUCAGAGGAGACUAAUGCUUUGUGUUCACAUCCAUCUCCAUCAUCUGUUCUAGAGAUAUCUACAGCAGCUCCCAUGGCAAAGGAGUCUCUCCAGGCAGGUGGUGGAGCAAAACUUAAUAGAACGGUGGAUGUUGAGCCACUUCUCUCGGGAUCUACGGAAAAUGGAUUGAUCUUGCCAUUGGUUUGUCAGGAUUUCAAUCCCAGGGCUGAUGGUGGAUUGUUAUAUUGUAGUAAUAUGGGAAAGCAAGCCAUUUCAAUAUUAGUGGAGGAUGCAUCGAGAGAGCAGCCUGUGGUUAGCAGCAUCAACGAACCAUCUGAUUUUAGCCAUGCAAUAAAGGAAAUGGAAGGAUGGCAACCUUUCUCGAAUAAUCAAUCAGUUAACAAAGAUUCUAUUCUGAACACUAAGGAUCAAUUAUUCAAUGGCAAUAAUGCAGUGGGCCUGGAGACCUCAACAUCCCCGGCUGAUUCACCCGUGCUACCUUCAAUAAGUGCACAUCUCAAUUUUGAGGAAAAUUUGCGAUAUGACAAUGAUUUGAAAGAGUUAGGCUUUGAGGAGAAUUUGACAUAUAGUAAUCGUUCACAUGAACUGUUUGAUUGUCUCAGUCAGGUCAUUUCUAUGGAUCAACCAGAACUUGAUGAAGAGGAGAUUGCUUGGUUAAAUAAGGAUCUGUUCAAUGAUGACCAAUUCUGUAAUUAGGAUUGAGUUGUCCAAGUAUUUCCAGUAAAUAAUCACAAAAAAAUGUAAAUGAGGAAUGGGGGCUGUUCUUGGAUGGAUCUCUAUGGCCAUGGAGCCAUCCCAGAUUUUUCUUGAAGUCUCCCCAGUGCUUGUGCACUGUUAAUGUAGCCAACUUUCUUCAUGGCUUUUAGAAGUGAAGUAUGUUAUGAAGAAAUGAGAAAGUAGAAGAAACUUAGUAAGAGUUGCAUUUCUGUGAGUCCCAAUUUGUGCACCUUUUCACAUUGUGGUGGUUUGAUUCUUG